AGGCCUUGAUGGGCAAUGUGCCGUAUGCACUGCGACGCCGCUGGGCCUGGCACGACGCCUCAGAGCAGCCCCCAGGGGCCCAGCACCCUGCGGCACACCCUGCACCCUAAGCUCUGGGAGCACUCCAUGCACAGCAAGGCUGCUCGGAGGGGGCUGACUGUCUCAGGCCCAGAGGUGCUCGCUGCAGACGCCAGGAGAGCAGCGGUCGCCCAGCUUCUCCUCGUCUGCCCGUCCCGGCAGCCCGCGCCAACGCCUCCCGGCACCAGCCGUCGCACGCAGCCUUCCCACACGCACCCUGCCCCCUCCUCUCCCACUUGCCUUCGCGUUUCCUGUCUGAGCGGAGGAGGUUUGGCCCAGCAACGACGCCGUCCCCCAGUGGCUGCGGCGAGCGUCAUGGCGGCAGUUCUCUCAAUGUCAGCAGCUCUGAGGCACCUUGUGGUGGGGAGCGGUGCCGCCGCCGCGGUUCGCCUGUCAUUGACCAGGUCACUGAGCACUUCCACAUGGCGGCUGGCACAGGACCAAACUCGAGACACGCAACUCAUCACAGUUGAUGAAAAAUUGGAUAUCUCUACUUUAACCGGUGUUCCAGAUGAGCACAUCAAAACCAGAAGAGUUCACAUUUUUGUUCCAGCACGUAAUGCGAUGCAGGCGGGAGUUAACAAUACGAAGAAAUGGAAGAUGGAAUUUGAUAACAGAGAGCGCUGGGAGAACCCUCUGAUGGGUUGGGCAUCUACAGCUGAUCCUUUAUCCAACAUGUUUCUUACUUUCUCCACUAAGGAAGAUGCCAUUGCCUUUGCUGAAAAAAAUGGUUGGAGUUAUGACGUGGAAGAAAAGAAGAUUCCAAAACCUAAAUCCAAGUCUUACGGUGCAAACUUUUCCUGGAACAAAAGAACAAGGGUGUCUACAAAAUAAGUUGGCAUUGGCUGUCUCUGACUGUGAAUAAAGUCAGCUGUGCUGUAUUUAUAGUCCACGUAUAAUACAUCUCUUAAUCUCCUAAUAAAUUUGACCUUUAAACUACAAA